CUGGUCAGCUGAUGGGGGUGGGAGUCAGACAGAUAGACAUAUACCUGGGUCCCUUUUUUGGGCAAACUGAUGAUAGAGCUGCAAGUCUUUUCCUUCUGCUUGGAUGAAAUCAUGCAUCAGGAUAUCAUCCCCCUCUAUGCAGCAGAUAUUCACGACCAGUUAAAGAAACAAUUUGCUUAUCUGUCAGGUGGAAGAGGGGGAGAUGGAUGCCCUGUUAUCACCUUUCCAGACUACCCAGCUUUCAGUGAGAUCCCUGAGAAGGAGUUCCAGAACGUCUUGACCUACCUGACCAGCAUCCCAAAUUUACGAGAUGCUGGAAUCGGGUUUAUUCUUGUCAUAGACCGCAGACAGGACAAAUGGACUUCUGUGAAAGCUUCCAUACUGCGGAUAGCAGCAUCUUUCCCAGGGAACUUGCAACUCGUCCUCGUUCUGCGCCCAACGGGGCUUUUUCAUCGAGCUCUCUCAGACAUUGCUUUCAAGUUCAACAAAGAUGAGUUUAAAAUGAAAGUACCUAUCAUAAUGCUGGGCUCAGUAUCAGAACUGCAGGGUUACAUUGAUAAAACACAAUUAACAGAAGAUCUUGGUGGCACCCUGGAUUACUGCCAUAACAGAUGGCUAUCCCGUCGCACUGCUAUAGAAGGUUUUGCCCAAAAGGUUAAGCAAACAGCUCAGAUUCUUCAGUCCUUUGGGACUGAACUGGCUGAAACAGAACUACCAAAUGAUGUGCAGUCAACCAGCUCCCUUCUUGCAACACAUACGGAAAAGAAGGACAAAAUGAAGGAAGAUAUAAGGUUAGCAGUAGAACAGGGAGACGAUAUCCUUGGAAGUAUUACAAAGCCAGUUACUGAGAACCCUGAAUACAAACUGAAUCAAGACCAACUAGACAAUCAAACUACAGUAGAAAGGCUUUUGGCUCAGUUACAUGAAACAGAGUCUGCCUUUGAUGAGUUUUGGAUUAAGCACCAGCAAAAACUUGAGCAGUGUCUGCACCUUCGGAAUUUUGAACAGAAUUUUAGAGAGGUUAAGGCAGCUUUGGAUAUUGUGUCUGAGAGACUGUCUGCUUUCACAGAUGUGGGAAACAGCUGCUCACAUGUGGAGCACAUUUUGAAAGAUCUUGUCAACUUUGAAGAAAAAUCACGUGAAACUGUAGCAAAAGCCAGAAUGCUAGCUUCAGAGGGUGACGCUUUUAUUCAGAGCAAUCAUUAUGCUGUGGACUCCAUUAUUCCAAAAUGCAGUGAACUUCAUCAUCUCUGUGAUGCCUUCACUACUGAGAUGGAACGGAAGAGGAAUGUUCUUAAUAAAUCUCUAGAACUGCAUGGCUUACUGGAAAAGUCUAUGAAGUGGUGCGAUGAAGGAAUUUAUCUUCUGGCUUCGCAGCCUGUAGAUAAGUGUCAGUCUCAGGAUGGUGCAGAAUCAGCGUUACAGGAGAUUGAGAAAUUCCUAGACACUGGUGCAGGCAAUAAAAUUAAGGAGUUGAAAAAAGUUUACAGAGAGUAUGCACACAUCCUCAAUGAGGACCUAAAGGAGCAUAUACAAAAGGUUUUCCAGAAGCAAGAAAGCAUGGAAGAAAUGUUUCAAAAGAGACAAGUAAGUCUUAAGAAACUGGCAGCUAAGCAAACACGUCCUGUUCAGCCAGUUGCACCUAGACCCGAAGCCUUUGUAAAAUCUCCUUGUACCUCUCCAGGUCUUCAAAGAGAUUGUGUAUCCAACACAGAAAGCGGUGUGCUUCGGAAAGUAAACUACAGAAGAGGAAAGAGUGAAAUGAGUGAACUCCAUCAAAGCAGAGGAGGAUCUACGAUGGAUGAUGAAGAAAACCUAGCUGUGUUACGGCAGCAUGUAAUGAAUGAACUUAUUGAAACUGAACGAGCAUAUGUGGAAGAACUUCUCUGUGUUCUUGAGGGGUAUGCUGCAGAGAUGGACAACCCCUUAAUGGCUCACCUCAUUUCACCAGAACUUCAAAACAAGAAGGAUAUUUUGUUUGGAAAUAUGGAAGAAAUUUAUCACUUUCACAACAGGAUAUUCUUGAGAGAACUAGAAAAUUAUGUAGAAUACCCAGAACUGGUAGGACGGUGCUUUCUGGAUCAGAUGGAAGAUUUUCAGAUUUAUGAGAAAUACUGUCAAAACAAACCUCGAUCUGAAAGUUUGUGGAGGCAAUUUUCAGAUUCCGUAUUCUUUCAGGAAUGUCAAAGGAAACUUGAUCACAAGCUCAGUUUGGACUCAUACUUGCUGAAGCCAGUUCAAAGAAUAACCAAAUACCAAUUAUUGCUAAAGGAAAUGCUGAAGUACAGUAAGAACUGUGAAGGUGCUGAAGACCUCCAGGAGGCAUUAAAUUCUAUAUUGGGUAUUCUCAAAGCAGUCAAUGAUUCUAUGCACCAGAUAGCCAUCACAGGCUAUGAUGGAAACCUGAAUGAGCUGGGCAAGCUUCUAAUGCAGGGAUCCUUCAAUGUCUGGACUGAUCAUAAAAAGGGUCACUCAAAGGUGAAAGACUUGGCACGCUUCAAGCCAAUGCAGCGACACCUGUUCCUCCACGAGAAAGCAGUGCUGUUCUGUAAAAAGCGAGAAGAAAACGGAGAGGGAUAUGAGAAGGCACCUUCUUAUAGCUAUAAACACUCCUUAAAUAUGGCAGCAGUUGGAAUAACAGAAAAUGUCAAAGGUGAUGCAAAAAAAUUUGAAAUCUGGUAUAAUGCAAGAGAAGAAGUUUACAUCAUACAGGCACCAACUCCUGAAGUUAAAGCCACUUGGGUAAAUGAAAUCAGAAAAGUGCUGACUAGUCAACUGCAGGCAUGCAGAGAAGCCAGUCAGCAUAGGACACUUGAACACACUCAGAGUUUACCUCUACCAGCAUCAUCUUGUACAAGUCCUUCAAGGAACAACAUCAGAAACACGAAAAAAAUGGAUGAAAGAAAAGCUGAUCUCACAGGUCUGGAAGGUUAUGUCACCACAGUAGCACCAAAGUACCCCGAGAAAAGCAAAGCUUCUCCUACCAGUCCUGACAAAAAAGCUAAACGGCAUGAAGUAGUGAGUGAUCCAACUCCUUUUGGUGUAAGAGGUUGGGCUAAAACGUCUCAUUCUCUUGAUGCAUCUGAAGAAAAUGAUGGCUGGUCCAGUGCUGAGGAGCCACUGAAUUCAUCGGAUGCAGAAGAAGAAGGAGGAGGAGGCGGAGGGGGAAAUGAGAUGAAGCUGACUCCUGGUAAAUAUACAGUUGUGACUGAUUAUGAGAAAGGAGUUUCUGAAGAAUUUGCAGUGAAAGGUGGAGAUCUAGUUCAACUGAUUCGUGAAGGGGAGGAUGGACUUUGGUAUGUGAAGAAUCUGACCACUGGUAGAGAAGGUUGGAUCCCAGCAAACAAUCUGCUGAUGCUCAUAGGCAAUUCAAAAUCAGCUCAAUCUUUGAGCAGCUCUGAAUCAGGCACUGCAUCCAGCACUUUGAGCACGUCAUCAAGUUGCAGUGAUAGCUGCAAUGCCAGCAGCACCAGCUUCUCGGACAUUAAGGGCUAACAUCAUAUUUUCACCCCACCUCCACGAAAAGUAAAUCUGGAGUUUGAGCCCAACGUCCAAAACUCAAGAUGGCCAUCAGAGAACUACCUGUUCUGAAUUGCUGGUUUUCAGUGUUUUCUCUGAUGACUUUCAUAGAUUCUUACAGAAGAAGAUCCUGGUGAAAAGUGCAUAGAAUGUGAAGUUGUAAAUAAAAACUAAAUGAUUUGAAAUAGGGUAUUGUAGAGGCUUCUCCUCUGAAGUUUGAAGCUGCAGAGGUGUUGGCAUAAAACACAUUUUCCCACUGAUAUACAAUCAGGUUUCUGCAGAACUUAAUCAUUUCAUAACAUCCAGAAUCUGAAUGUGAGCAAACAGUGUGUUCAGUGCUAAAUCCUUGCUGUAAGAUGAUAAUGUAGCAAUCACUGUACAGGAUAGAUAUGAGGAGAAUAAAUCAGAGUUUACAAUUUCUCCUCCCCAAAAUAGCAGUUCUCCCCAGAUGUACUUCAAUUAGUGCAGUCAACUCCUACAGCCAGGAAGUAAGCUUGGUGAGCCAUUUCUCCUGGGUCCUCAGGAUAUUCUUCUGCACCUUGGAAAUGGAUGCAGAAAUGACCAAUCACUGACCAUAACAGCAUCAGAAGAGGAAAUCAUUUUAUCGUUUCCAAUCUUUUGAUAAUUCAUGCAAUGGAAUAGCUGUUUUUUAAAAUAUUUUGGCCUCACAACCCAUCUCUUCACCAAGAUGUGUGUUUACAUAGCCUUGGCAAUUUAGUAGUAUCUUCUUCCUUACACAGAUGCACAAUGAAAUGCAAAUGUUCUUAUUCACUAGAUCAUUUCUUAGUAAAUUAAUUGCACGGUUACCUUCUGCUCUAACAGUUAGUAUGCAAUUAUAGGCAAAGAAAACUAUGAUGAGUUCACUAUGGGCCAAAAGCACAUCUUCAGGGAUACCUAAAAGGGUGAGAAACCAGAUACUUUUAGUCACUUUUAGUCAAUGGUGUUUGUUACAGACUUAUUCAAAGAGACAGAAAUAACAUAAUUUUUCAUAAAGGGAACAUGGGUGGAAAAAAAAAUCUUUAUUAGUGUCAGAUUUGUCCUGUAGACAAAUAUAAAUUUCUUAAAGGAAAGGUAGUGCUAAACUUUCUGUUUUUCAAGGUGUCACAUAAGCCAAUGUUAGGAAUUUUCACCUUGUUUCUUCACCUUUGCACUUUGUCCUUACAAACAGUACAGAACUGUGUGCAUGUUCGAAACGUAUUUGCUCCCCCAUGCCUUUCAAAUGUUCCUACUUAUGAAAAUAAGCUUUUACCAGAUUUGUAUACCAUAUUACUUAAAAGUAUCGUGGACUUUAUGAGCAAAAUUUUUCAAUGUUAGUUGGAACUACUUUAAUUAUCAGACCUUCUCUCUGAUGGCUGAGCCCAGAAGUCUAUUUUUGUGCUGGAAAUUCAGAUAUUAGAGCCUAUAGCUUAGGAAACUAUAGGAGGAAGAUUCUAAGUAAUGAUAUUGAUCCUGAGCUGCAAAAGCUACCUUACCCAAACACAAUCAAAAAGCAGCUGACUGUGGUCAGUACGAAUUGAAACACAUGUAUGCUCACAUCUAUGCACAUAUGUAUGUGCAUGUAUGUGCCUGUGUAUGCAUGUGUGUGUAGAUAUGUAAAUGUGUAGAUAUACUGUAUCAAUGUAAAGGAUGUAUUUAUAGUCUUGCUGCUGAAUGUGUCACUUUACAAUCCGUACAUACUUAAGUUUUUUGCAAUACUGCAGUAUAAAUGCAGAUCAGGGUUUUACUUCAGACAUCUUUUUCAACACAGACAUCCUCUGGUCGUCUUUUAAUUAUCUCAUAUGAUACUGUGCUGAUAAGGAAUAGUUAGGCUGAUAUUUAACAAUGAGAUGGCAGCAUGAAAUUCAGCUUGUUUUCAUCUUUGUAAGUUAUUUUGUAAAUUCUGUAACAUAAUUUACCUAUGUAUUGCUGUCAGUGCUCAGAUAAGACUGUCCUCUCAUUUCUCACUGUAGCUCAUUCACGUUAUUUCGAUGGUUUUCUCCACAUCAUGGCACUUUAAUAGAACCCAUUUCCUUUUUGUUUUUUUUUAACUGCUGUUGUGAUUUAGAGGUUCAAAGUCAGAGGUCUCUAUUGUAACUAUGAAAAUUUGAAUAAAUGUCAGCACUUCUUGCUGA